GUUCUCCCAUACAAAAAGAGAAUAUUAGUGGGCAUUAGACAAACAAACUUGUGUCUGAAAUUGAGCAGUGCAGAGACUCCUGAACGUCAACGGCUAUGGCAGCUUCUUCCUUUACAACAUCUUCCAUUCUCUUCCCAUUCACAACUAGUUCUAAAUCCCCUCCUUCUCAACUAUUCCCCUCUUUUCCUUGCAAACAUCAUACCCUCCGUCUCAGACCCGUCUCAGUCUCAGCCGCUUCAACCCCAACCCCCUCCAUCCAAGCCGACAAAUCCCCGGUCUCCGCCACUCCCUCCAAGCUUCUCCCCUUUCGGAUUGGUCACGGCUUUGACCUCCACCGAUUGGAACCCGGUUAUCCCCUAAUCAUCGGUGGAAUCAACAUUCCCCACGAUAGAGGUUGCGAGGCUCAUUCCGAUGGUGACGUUCUGCUUCACUGCGUUGUUGAUGCGAUUCUAGGGGCGCUAGGUCUUCCUGAUAUUGGCCAGAUUUUCCCCGAUUCUGAUCCUAAGUGGAAGGGUUGUGCCUCUUCCGUCUUCAUCCAUGAAUCUGUGAGACUUAUGCAUGAGGCUGGUUAUGAGAUUGGGAAUUUAGAUGCUACAUUGAUACUUCAGAGGCCAAAACUAAGCCCACACAAGGAUGCUAUCAAGGCCAACUUAUCUGCACUGCUUGGGGUGGACUCUUCUGUAGUAAAUAUCAAAGCAAAAACUCAUGAAAAGGUAGACAGCCUUGGAGAAAAUAGAAGUAUAGCGGCUCACACAGUGGUUCUUCUAAUGAAGAAAUGAGAAGACAAUCUGGAAAUAUUGAGGAACAUGAGAGAACUUUAAUUGGAAAAAAAAAACCCAUAAAAGUUAAUAAACUAUGUUUUUUUAGCUUCUAGUGUACUGUUUAUUGUUUAUCAUAUCUUAUAGUUCACCCUGACAGCAAAUUAUUCAUUGGUGUGCCUCUUGCCCUGCAUUUUGCUAAGAUCUUAGUGGCUGUCUUUUACGUUUUAUCAUUUGGUAUUAAGAGGGACCCUGUAUAGGUUUGAACGGCAGAUGCGGCCAGUCGGCGACAAAUAUAUUUAGUUAUGUCUGUGUAUAAACUAUGAAGUGAGCUUGUUUUUAAAACAAGCAAGGGUCCAUGAAAAAUUUGUAAGUGCUUACGUCAUUUCAAAACAAAUUUAUGGUCAAAUGUGGUGGUUAACAACUUUCAUUUUUGAUGAUUAA